GUCGAUUAAUACACGAGGGUCGAAAGGGGGUCGAUUUCAACCCUUUACCAUCGCCAUCUUGUUUACGUUUAUUUCGUAAACUGUCCAACGGCAAUAUAGGUCAGUCAGGCGAUAUUAUUUUAAAAAAUUCACCAAAAAUCAAAUUAUCAUUAUGUUCAUAUGAUAAAAUCACGUACAUUUAUUAAUAUCUUUAGUUUAAUAGUUUAGAAUAAUUAUAAUUCCUUCCAAUUCUAAAUAUCUAUUGUUAGCAAAAGGCGGUGUCGGGAUGGAAUCGUCUGGACGUACGUUUCCCGCGCUUUUUCUCUUUUUCAAACGAGCAAUGGUUGUCGCCAUAGAAACUCGGAUCGGGAAACGACCGUUAGUUUUGAAAGCAGGAUAGAUGAUUGGCCGCCGAGCAUCGGACCACCUGCGGACCGACCAGAGCGCUACGAAGCGCUGAUUGGUCAAUCAGCGCUAUCUUCAAUCCAUAUAAAAAGAUAGAGUUUAGGCGGGAGAAAUAAGUUCGCCUAAGGUCGGAUAAGCGAAGUUAUUGCUGCUGUUUUGUUGUGCUACAAACGUAUUGUGUUUUUCAUAUUAAAAAUCUGAUUUUAAUUUAAUAUCACAAUGUCGGCUAACAAUGCUAAGAAGAAAUGCAGACAAUAUUCACAGGAGUAUUUGAAAUAUGGUUUUGUGCCAUCGUUUGCUAAUGAAACUAUUCCUAUGUGCUUAUUAUGUGAAAAAACUUUCAGCAAUGAUGCUAUGAAGCCGGCGAAAAUGAAAGACCACUUGGAAAGGAUCCAUUCUGACAAGAAAAACAAAGAUUUUGAGUAUUUCAAAAUACUAAAAGAGAAAUUGAGAGUUCGGCCAAAUUUGAAUACAUAUUUGAAGUCAUCCGCUAGUGUUGAUAGAGAAGGAGGACUGAAGACAUCCUACAGCAUCUCUCUUAAUAUUGCAAAGAAAGGCAAACCGUAUACUAUUGGUGAAGAGAUUAUAAUACCAGCUAUAAAAGAUGUAAUUGAAAAUGUUAUGAAGAAAGACUCCCAACUAGUUUUAAAAUGCAUACCAUUAAGUGCCAAUACUGUGCAACGACGUAUCGAGGAAAUGGCCGAUGAUGUGGAAAGAACUUUGACCUCUGAGCUCCAGCAUUGUAAGUUUGCUAUUCAACUUGACGAAUCAACUUUCGGAAGUUCAAAUCUUCUCAUGGCUUAUGUUAGAUUUCAUAGUCCAUCCCUGAAUGACACUGUUGAUGAAUUUCUAUUUGCUAAAUAUCUUGAAACUGAUUCAAAAGGUGAGACAAUUUUUUUAUGUUUGCAAGAUUAUUUGAACAAGCACAACAUUCCUUUCGGGAAUAUUACCGCAGUAGCUACUGACGGUGCACCUGCUAUGGUAGGCCGUUACAGAGGAUUUUUCGUCUUUCUGAAGAAAAAGGUUCCCAAAGUACAUACUGUUCACUGUGUCCUACACAGGCAGCAUCUUGUAGCCAAAAAACUGAGUGGCGAACUUCAUGAUACUCUAAAAGUGUGCAUCAGGUCAAUAAAUAAAAUUAAAGCUCAUCCUCUCAAUUCCAGACUGUUUGCGAAGUUAUGUGAAGAAAAUGAUGACACUUUCAACCAAUUACUUUUGCACACCGAGGUAAGGUGGUUGUCAAGAGGUGAUAGUUUGCAGAGGCUUGUUGACUUGUACGACUCAGCUGAAGAGUUUCUUAGAAAUGUGGAUCCAUCACUAUGUGACCAGUUAAAACAGUGCAAGAACCAUCUGUUUUAUUUGGCAGACCUUUAUUCGAAAUUUAAUAUAGUACAGAAGCGUUUGCAAGGAAAAAACGUUACAAUUGUUCAAGCUCGAACAAUCAUAAUGGCCUUUCAAGUAAAAAUGGAGCUAUUUAAAUCUUCACUGGCACGAUCCGAUUUUAAAUAUUUUUCAAACUUGCGAGUACUAAAAGAAAAUGAAAAGAUUUCCGACCGUGAUUUGGAGAUAUAUAUUAAACAUCUUGAUAAAUUAAGAGAAGACUUUAAAGCACGUUUCGAAGACUUGGAGAAUAUGCAUGUUCCCGAAUGGUUUGCUAAUCCAUUUGAUGUAAAAAUAGAUAAUGAAGGUAGUGAACCUGGCUUAGAAGAUGAACUGAGUGAAAUAUGUGUAGAUCUCGAAGCUAAAGCGUUGUUUAAAAAUAAAAACCUCAGUGAAUUUUGGAGCAAUAACAAUAUUGCCACUAAAUAUCCCAAGCUCAGAGCAGAAGCCGAACCUUUCUUACUCGCAUUCCCAACUUCAUAUAUGGUUGAAGCUGGUUUUAGCCACGCGAACGCAAUUUUGACAAAACAGAGGAACAGAUUGAACUUGGAAAACCGCGGUGAUUUGCGACUAAAACUUACCAAUUUUCAACCGAAUAUCCAUAAUCUUGCUGCUACUCUUCAGACACAUCCAUCCCACUAAUAUCAAGUAUUUUUAUAAAAAGGUAUGUUAACAUAUUUUAAGGUAUUCAGUAGUAGUCGCAAAAUGACAGUAAAAGGUUUUUCAUCCAAUAUAACUUAUGUUUUCAAAGAUAAUUGUGUAUUUUACGUAUUAUGGCACGUACGGUUUAAGAAUUAUAGGUAAAUUUCCAUCUAUCUAUAAUUUUGCUAUUAUUUUUUUAAGAUUAUAAAUCAGUGAAAAAUAUCUCCUUUUUCUGUUAAUGUUGGGUAAAUUUUAUAAGAUAUGGGAACUAUAAAUUAUUUCGUUGGGUUGUUAUGCAGGUCUUCUUAUUGCUUAAUAUCAGAAACGCAAAAAAAUUAUUUAAUGUUUUGUAAAAUACUUAAUCUGGAGGUCGACAAGAAGGCAAAUAUUCUAUAAAGGGGUCAAUGGGAUAAAAAGUUUGGGGACCCCUAGUCUGG